AUUGAAGGAUAUGUAAAAGAAAGAACACAGGAACAAGUAAACCCUAAACCCUUUCAUCUUCUUCUCACUCUCACGUGUUCUAACACCUCCUUCGUUUUAGUAGCUCAGUGUCGCCGACGUCUUUCUUCUGCUCGUUCCGGCGCCGCCUCCGUCCUAGUUGUUUGCAUUGAUUUUCUUCUAUCUUGUUGUUAGAUUUGCAUUUUGAGAAAUAAAUUCUCCAUAAACAUGGCGGAGCUUCUAUUUGAUGAUAUUUUCAUGGUCAAGUGUGUCAACCCAGAUGGUAAAAAGUAUGAUAAAGUUUCUAGAAUUGAAGCACGGAGUGAGAAGCUUUCCAUGUAUAUGCUGCUGGAUGUAAACACAGAGAUAUAUCCAAUUGAUGAAGGUGAGAAGAUUCUGAUGGUAUUAUCUCCCACGCUGAACUAUGAUGGAGCUCCUGUUACUAGCUAUACGGGUCAGGAAGGGAAGAAAUCUCUCGCAGAUAAAUUUGAGUACAUUAUGCAUGGUAAAAUAUACAAGCUUUCAGAUGAUGGUUCAGGUUCAGACUUGAAAGUGGAGGUUUAUGCAUCUUUUGGUGGACUCCAAAUGUUGUUGAAGGGAGAUCCAAUUCACUGUGCCAAAUUCAGGGUGGAUCAAAACAUGUUCUUACUCCUCCGAAAACAACUCACAUGAACAACAAAAAUCUCUUCUACUUGUUCACUCUAAUGGCCUUUUGGUAGUACAGAAAUUGUGAUAACUCUGCCUAAUUAUUGAUUAUAUUUGCAGAUAAUUUUGAAUGGAAUACGUUCACUAAAUCGAUCUUCAUAGUCGCUGUAUGGUUUAACUUAAA